AUGCUCAAAGAUUUACGUGGGCAAAUGGACAACGAUCCAACACUGACGAACAUCCGUCAUUUCAUGCAGGAUGAAGCUUCGCCGCCGCACUACGCAUUAUGUGUGCGGGAGUUCUUUAAUGAUUAUUUUGGAGAAUGGAUAGGCAGACGAGGAAUCUUUGAGUGGCUUGCACGGUCCUGUGACCUGACACCCUGCGAUUUCUUCAUGUGGGUCCUUAUCAAGGACCACGCACAUGGGCGUCGUUACACAAAUCUAUGGGGAGGGGCAAAAUUUUGUCAAAAUUUAGAAUGGUUAUUUGUUGAAAAACAAAGAAAAUUAAAAAUAAAAGAGCAAUACAAAUUAAUAAAAGUUUCUAAUAAAUAA